AUGGGGCCCGCUUCCAGUUCGGGCUUCUAUGUGAGCCGCUCGGUGGUCGUUCUGCUGGCGGGGCUGACGACCGCACUCCUGCUGUCGCUGGCGGCGUUCUCCGCCCUGGCCGGCCACUGCGCGUGGGUGCCGCUGUCCGAGCUGCACCGCCGGGAGGCUCCCAGCGCCACGCCUUCCCCGUCCCGCGAGCAGGUGGAGUCGCCGCCAACCCUGCAGCUCGGCCCAGCCCGCCGGCUGGCGGUGGCAGCCACUCCGCGCAAGAGGCGAACCCCCGAGCCCUGGGACCAGCUGCGCCUGCCACCCUGGGUCGUGCCGCUACACUAUGAGCUGGAGCUGUGGCCCAGGCUGCGGCCCAACGAGGUCGAAGAGCUGUCGUUGCGCUUCACGGGUCGCGUGAACAUCACGGUGCGCUGCGCUGUGGCUACCAAGAGGCUGCUGCUGCACAGCUUCUUUCUGGACUGCGAACGCGCGGAGGUGCGGGGUCCCUUGUCCCGGGGCACCGGGAACGCUACCGCGGGCCGCGUGUCCGUGGACAAUGUGUGGUUUGCGGUGGACACCCAGUUCAUGGUGCUGGAGCUCGGCGAGACCCUGCAGCCCGGGAGCCACUAUGAGCUUCAGCUUAGCUUCUCCGGUUCGGUGUUUCUGGAAAGGAGGAGGGGGCUCUUCCUCAACACCUAUACGGACCAGGGCGAGUUCAGGAUGCUGCUGGUAUCUCAUAUGGAACCAAUAUAUGCCAGGAAUGUUUUUCCUUGUUUUGAUGAGCCUGCUCUGAAGGCAACCUUUAAUAUUACAAUUAUUCAUCAUCCAAGUUACGUGGCCCUUUCCAACAUGCCAAGCCUAGGUCAGUCUGAAAAAGAAGAUGUGAAUGGAACCAAAUGGACUGUUACUUCCUUUUACACCACACCCCAAAUGCCAACAUACUUAGUAGCAUUGGCUGUAUGUGACUAUGACCAUGUCACCAGAACUGAAAGGGGCAAGGAGAUACGCAUCUGGGCCCGGAAGGAUGCCAUCGCAAAUGGGAAUGCAGACUUUGCUUUGAACAUCACAGGUCCCAUCUUCUCGUAUCUGGAAGAUUUAUUUAAUAUUAGCUACACUCUUCCAAAAACAGAUAUGAUUGCCUUGCCUAAUUUUGACAACCGUGCAAUGGAAAAUUGGGGACUACUGGUGUUCCAUGAGUCACUGUUGUUGCUGCAACCAAAUGAUCAACUGACAGGGAAAAAGACGACCAUCUCCUACGUUGUCUCUCAUGAGAUUGGACAUCAGUGGUUUGGAAACUUGGUGACCAUGAAUUGGUGGAAUGAUAUCUGGCUCAACGAGGGCUUUGCAUCUUAUUUUGAGUUUCAAGUGAUUAAAUACUUCAAUUCUGAACUCCCAACAAAUGAGAUCAUUUUUUCUAACAUUUUACAUGGCGUCCUCAGAGAAGAUCAUGCCCUGGUGUCUAGAGCUGUGUCCAUGAAAAUGGAAAAUUUCAAAGCAACAACUAAAAUAAGUGAUCUCUUUGACAUAUUUACUUACCACAAGGGAGCAUGUAUGGUCCAGAUGCUUUCUAGUUUCCUGAAUGAGAAUUUGUUUAUCAGCGCACUCAAGUCAUAUUUGGAGGCAUUUUCUUACUCAAAUGCUGAGCAAGAUGAUUUAUGGAGGCAUUUUCAAAUGGCCAUAGAUGACCAGAGGGAGAUUCUUUUGCCAACAAAUGUAAAAAGCAUAAUGGACAGUUGGACAUACCAGAGUGGUUUUCCAGUUAUCACCUUAAAUGUAUCCACAGGCAUCAUGAAACAGGAGCCAUUUUAUCUUGCAAAGGAUAAAAAUCAGACUCUCCUAACCCACAAUAACACAUGGAUUGUUCCCAUUCUUUGGAUAAAAAAUGGAACUGCACAAUCUUUGGUCUGGCUAGAUAAAAGCGAUAAAGUAUUCCCUGAAAUGCAAGUUUCAGAUUCUGACCAUGACUGGGUGAUUUUAAAUUUGAAUAUGACUGGAUAUUAUAGAGUUAAUUAUGAUAAAUUAGGAUGGAAGAAAUUAAAUCAACAGCUUAAAAAAGAUCCUAAGGCUAUUCCAGUAAUUCACAGGCUGCAGUUGAUUGAGGAUGCCUUUUCCCUGUCUAGAAACAAUUAUAUUAAGAUUGAAACAGCCCUUGAUUUAACCACGUACCUUGCUGAAGAAGAUGAAAUCAUAGUAUGGCAUGCAGUCUUGGUAAACCUGAUAACCCAGGAUAUUUUUUAUGAUAUGAACAACCAUGCUGUAUCCCCAUUACUAAAGAAAUAUCUAUUAAAGAAACUUAACAAAGUAUGGAAUAUUUAUUCAACUAUAAUUCGUGAAAAUGUGGCAGCAUUGCAAGAUGACUAUUUAGCUCUAAUAUCACUGGAAAAACUUUUUGAAACUGCAUGUUGGUUGGGCCUUGAAGACUGUCUACAGCUGUCAAGAAAACUGUUCAGAAAAUGGGCAAACCAUCCAGAGAAUGAAAUACCUUAUCCAAUCAAAAAUGUGAUUUUAUGUUAUGGCAUUGCCUUGGGAAGUGAUAAAGAAUGGGACUUUUUGUUAAAUAUCUACACUAAUAAAACAAAUGAAGAAGAAAGGACUCAACUUGCUUAUGCUAUGAGCUGCAGUAAAGACCCAUGGAUACUUAACAGAUACAUGGAAUAUGCCACCACUAUGUCUCCAUUCAAUUUUACUGAAACAAAUGUAGUUGAAGCUGUGGCAGCAACUGAAGUUGGCCAGUUUGUCGCAAAAGACUUUUUAGUCAACAAUUGGCAAGCUGUGAGUGAAAGGUAUGGAAAAGAAUCAUUGAUUAAUCUGAUGUAUCUAAUAGGGAGAUCUAUAACUACAGAUUUACAGAUCAUGGAGCUGCAGCAGUUUUUCAGUAACAUGUUGGAAAAGCGCCAGAGGCUCAGAGUUCAUGCCAAAUUACAGGCUAUAAAGAAUCAGAAUCUGAAAAACAAUAAGCGGAAUGCCAGGAUAGCUGAGUGGCUGCGGAAAAACACAUAGCUUAAUGACCACUUUCAGCACACCUCUUGCAUAUUAUGAUGUAGUUUUGUCUUCCAAUACUUUGUGACUCUGGAGGACACAUGUUUGUUAUUUGUAUUUCAGUCUCAUUUACUACUCAGAGUCCUGUUUUUCCCCUCUUGACACUUGGCUCUGAGGCUGGGGAUUUGCUGAGGUUUUUGCCAACACUGCUGUAUUUCUAGGGAGGGUUUCACUUUAUCUUGGGCUAGAAACUCACAGAAUUUCCUUAAAAUGCUUUUUAAAAACAAAUUCAUCUCAGAAAGUCUUUCUUACUCCAUUGUGAUGGCCAGUGGAAGAUUACAUCAUUGGCAUUAAUGCAGAGCACAGUCUUUUCAGAGGAAAAUACAGAUUUGCAAUACCCUAUGGUUUAUUUAGUUCAGCGUUUUAAAAAGCAAUGAGAAAAUAGCAUGACAGUGUAAAGAGAUAGAAACCAGAAAAUUAGCAUUCACUAGAAAAAAAGAAAAGCAAGUUUUAAAAAGAAAAAACAGAGAAUUUUAUGAGCUAUGUCAAGUGCCUUAAAGACAAGAGCUGUGUCUUUUCCUCCCACUUCUCUCUCCCCGUAGUAAGUCACACUUUACUGUUUACUGAACUUCAUGAUGUCACAAAGACACUUGAUUGUAGGAUCCAAUGAAGUGCCCUUAGAAUCACUGUUGCAGAGGCCAAAAUGGAGAUGCAGGCUCUGCCCUAAAGCUCUUGGUUGUGGGACACACCCUAUUUUAGCCAAAAAUAAUGAUGCCAAAAGGCAGUAGCAAUGAUGGCCUAAUGUUCAAGGCAAAAGGAAAUCCCAAAUGAGGGGAAAAGAGAACUAAAAAACUGACCAGACCAUAAUCCUUACAGCUUUGCACUCAGGGGAUUGAGUUUGAAAUGUGAUUUAACUUGGCCAAAUUGAACCUAAUUAUAAUUUGGACCAACUUACUUUAAACAUUUUAUGAAAUUAGCUUAGUCUUGUUACCACCUGAUUAAAACAGUAUAGCUAAGGAAAUCAUUCCUAGCCUAGAUUUUGUGUAUGUAUGACUUACUCCUGAUUUUUUCAUUGUUUUUGUUUUGUAGAAUAGCGGUAAAACUAUAGCUCUCCUACCUACCUCAGAAUGAUAUUGUAAUGAUCAAAGAAAAUUAUUUCAAUUGAAAGCCUUUAAAGAUAUUAUAUAAACUCAAGGAAAUGCUAUCUAGGGUUUUUCCUCUAUUUCUUGUAUAUGUGAAUGAAGCCACAAUGAAAUGCAAUACACACUGAGGAAAAUUUUGUGUCACUAGAGAACAUUCUCCCUGAGUGAGUGGGAGGCUCUGGGGCUUGGCCAUGUGGACAUACCAAACACAGUCUUGAACCACAGAUCAUAGGUCAGAGAUUUUUUUCUUUAAAUUUAGAGGUUUAAAUUGUAAGCAAUAAAACAUCUCCAUGUCUUCAAAUUGUUGCUCUGUGUAAGAUACUUCCCACAAAACAUUGAUUAGUUACAAAGGGAAGAUGAAUAACUUACAGUGGGAGAGCCUCACAGACAUCACCUUAAUUGAGUGAUCAAAGUGAACAUCACAGUGUGCUCAAUUAAAAUUUUGUUCUGUUUAAUAAAACAAAUGACAAAAAUACUGUUUCACUUGUGUUAUAUUCCUGACCGAGCUGCAUAACCUGACAAACCCAAAUUGAGGGACAUACCACAAAAUAAUCUUCAAAAGUGUCAAGGUCGUGAAAGUCAAGGAAAGACUGAAGGAGAUUAAAGAUACAUGGCAGCAAAAUGUAGCAUGAUUCUCAUCUGGCUCCUUUUGCUAUAAAGGACAUUAUUUUGGGACAACUGGAAAAUCUUAAAUGGAGUCUGAGGAUUCGAUACAAAAAGAUGCUUCAAUGUUAAUUUCCUGAUGUGAUGGCUGUGUUGUACUAAUGUCAGAAAUAUCCUUGGUUGUAGGAAAUAUAUAAGUAUUCAGGUGUGAAUGACACAUCAGUGGACAAUUUACUCUCACUGGUACAGGGAAAAAAAUCUUUUUAC